AUGAAAGUUUUGAUUAAAAGAGACGCAUUUUUAACUAAUUAUGAAGUUCUCCGGCAUAUAUAUGAAGAGGAACUUCAAAAAAAACACAACAUAGAUAAUACAGGAUCAAAACAAUUUAUAAAUGAAAAUCUUAGUACUAUACAAUUUCAACUUCGGAAAUAUUUAGAAGAACUUCCUGCAAAAAAGCAGUCAGCAAAACAAGUGUGUAAUCUUACUAAGGAAUUAGAAAUUUAUUCUUUAACAAAGGCGGAGAAACUUAUGAUUAUUAAUGCAAGACCAGACACUCUUGUUGAGUUAUAUGCACUAAUAGAAGAAUGCGAGGAACGUUUUAAUUUAGAACAACUACAACAGAUUUUAGAUCAUAUUCAUAGUAAAAUGCCACUAGAUUCUCAUGAAAUCCUAGAUGCAUAAGAUAUUAUUGUUUAAAAUCAUAU